AUGUUGGAGGUGGCAGUGUACGCGACAUUGUGCUCGCGACUUUCGAAAUUUGUGCAACACCUGUCCUGUGACGAAGAACUGCGAGAGAUCACGGACGGGCUGAUAAAGUUCUACGAUCAUACAGAUAUCCCAGAGACGCAUGAUUUUGACUCAAAGCGGGUGGGACUCGCAGCAAUAGACGAGCUUGUCUUGCUCACAUUACACAAGCUGCUAAAUUCAUAUGUACGCAAUGCAUCAUCGAUACUCCAAGAAAAAGUGUUCACGGCGUUCAGUCGUGCGAUGCGGCGCUGUAAGCCUCGCAUGGGUAUCGGACAAGAACACCGCCAACUCAGCUUCGUACAAAGCUGUGUGCUGUAUCUUCCGGCACCACCAGAGGCUGGUGGCGAACAGCUCCUUGAAAGCACGACACUUGCUACACAGUCAGAGGAAUUAAGGCUUGCUAUUUUGAAGAGUUUACGUGAGUUGUUUCAAGAAGAAAAUCAACAAAAGCAGCUAAUUCAGCAUCAAGGGGAACUCCAGCACUUCUUCGCAUACUUGGUGGCAUCACUGCUACAUAUAGCACAACAGGAUAGGUGUUGGAAGGCUUCGUUGGAAGCAAUUGAAGUGCUAAAGCUAGUGCUGCUCUCAAUUCGAGACCCACAAACUCUACGCCAGUAUUUACCUGGCGUCAUUGCUAAUUUGUGGAAGAGUGCCAAUGCACCACAACAGUCGUCCAAGGUGAUAGUUGCUGCGUUAAAUUGUUUUGCUAUGAUGUUGGAUUUGUGCAUCGGUGAUGAAAAAAUACUUCUUUUUGGAGAUGUGAAGCAAGAGCAGCAAAAAUUUACACUGGAAGCGAUUCGACAAUCUGUCAAAGUGAAAGGAAAUCUUAUUGGGACAAAUGCAUUAACUGAAUCGCCAUCAAGUGAGAUUGACGAGUGGCUGCAAAAAGCGGCUAUAAAUGUGGAUAUAAUUCUUUCCCGUAUGUUUUCUGCUAGUGUUACAGCCGUUAAUGGGACCAGUUUUGGCUCACCGCGCUUAUCUUGGCGAGUUCGUUGUGCACUGGCACAACUCUGCGGUACAAUAGUGCUCCAGUGUCGGCAAGCUCUUCAAAUCUCCUUUUUUCGAUGCUACGAUGAGCUUUUGAUCCUUCGAGGUGAUAAUAUAGCAGUUGUUGCCAAUGAAGCAAACUCCGUUCUUCAAAGACUGCAAGCGUCUGUAUUGUCGCCUAUAGAGCGUUUAAAGGUCAUACCAGAGAUGGCAGAUCGGUUUCAGAUGCUACUUUCCACUCUUGUGCUCAAACUUGGUGCGGAACAUGAAGCGACGAAACUUCACUACGUGCACACUGUUCGCGGAUACUUAGCAUUUUGGGGGCCCGGUCUUACCCCAUAUCUUGAUUCAUCAAUGGAAAGUAUUUACUCCUCUCUCUGUCAUGUCGUGACAUUUGCUUCACUAGACGUUAACGUAGUUGUUCACCAAAAGCUAUCAAAUUUACCGGAAGAUGACAAGAGCAGUGAUGCCAUUGCGACCGGAUCCCUUGUUUCUGAAUUUCAAAAGAGAUUGCGCUUUUUUAGCGAACAGUCCUCAGUGAACGAAGUAUUGAUGAUGUUGCGUGAUGUUGGUGCCAUCUCAACCCCAGCGGGCUUCAUUGAUUGCGCUUUUACAAUGCUAUCCGAUUCACGCAACAGUGGUCACGUUGAAUUAGGAGAAGCUGAAGUUGUGCUGGUAUUAAACGAAUUCUUGCGGGGGUACUGUUUCAAUAACAGUAACAGCAACGAGGCUUUGGAUGUCCAUCUAAUUGGCCGAAUUCUGGAAGACCUACUAGCGCUGGACGUUUGGGAAGAGCAAAAGUCGCUAUGUAUUCAUGGUUCUAUUAAAAAGCGUGUAUCUCAACGAGCCUUAGUGGUUGAGUGCGUUGGUGUGUGUGCAGAAAUCCUUGGGGCUGAGUUUAAGAAAUUCUUGCUUCAUGUGCUGUAUCCGCUGGUUGCACAGCUGGGGUCGCACGAUGUUGAAGUGGAGCACGCAGCUUUGGCCGCGCUAGAAAAGAUUUAUUUUUACACGGGCUACAAAUCUUUAGCGGCUCUUUUUCAUGCUAACAUGGACUAUUUCGUAGAUUCCUUAUGCGCUCGACUUGAACAAUUAGAUGUAUACCCGAUGACUGCCUUUGUCGUUGAAGCCCUUCUACGACACACUCAUUUGGCAUCAUUACCAUUGGUCGAUGAAGUGGCAUCAUCGCUUUUACGUAGUGUUGACUUGUACCAGGAUUCAUCUUUCGUUAAUGGUCUGUUGCGUGCUCUUAGAAGUUUGCUGAGUGGUAUUGUACAUGAUGCUGAAAAGGCUAAAUUAAACAAGCAAAUAGCAAUUGGUGAUGCUGAAGCUACUACAUUAACGUCUUACUCACUUUUGGACAGCUUCAUCCAUGAAAUGAAAGCUCUAAUAACUGGUGGAACGGAUAAUCCCAAUAUCGACGCAGAUAUGGAUGAUGAAAUACAAGAAUUCGCUCAGAAUCAGCUGGAGCCGCAAAGUGUGAAAGGGGCGCUGCCUGUUGAAUAUGAUGAAAUGGAAGAAAAAGAUCAAGGAGGCUACUAUUUAGUUGUCCUUGAAAUUGUUGACAGGUGUGGUUAUUUUCUAGUAGAAUCUGAUCCUAUUGCGUGUUGCCUAGUAUUAUCGCUGAUAAAUGAGGGAGUGCGGUUCCUUUCACAACAUCCAAAACAGUUUUUGCCACUUGUUGCUCGGAUGUGGCCUGAGUUGCUGCCUCGACUACGUGUGGACAAUCGUGCGAUUGUCACUGGUACUAUCAAUGUCAUCUCUACCGUAGCAGAAACAGCGGGUGAUUUCGUGGGAGAACGAUUUGUGGAAACGUUGUGGCCAGUACUGCAAUCUCAAAUGCAAUCGAUAACAUUUGGUAUCGAUGCGCAGUCGUCGCAGCUCACACGUUCUAUGCUAUUACUCAAGAAGGUCGCAAGUAUCUUCGAUGCACGAUCGCAUGAAGCAAGCAGUGCCAAUGGCUUGCUAAGAGAAAACGAAUUUAGCGCUGUUAGCGGAACACGGAAAACGCAAGAAACUCGACAAUUGUUGGCAAUUCUUUCUUGUUUGACCACAAUUUGCAGGCAAUCCGAGACGCUUGCUCAGCUUGUGCCUGCAAUCACACGCACCUGCAGCAAUUUCUUGAAUAAAGAAGCGCCACGCGAGGUCGUUGAAAAAACUUCGGAGCUAUUUGAAGCCUUAGUGCAAUUGAAUGGUGACGAAGUGUUCUGCACUGUAGCUCCAUUGGCUAACUGGGUGCCGACAGCACCACCCUGCGAGCGUUUUUCGGAGUUUGUGCCUGAGGCAAUUCUGCGAUUCUAUCAGGGCCAUUUGUCAUCUAUGGACGUGCAACCAGAAUUUUGUCGAAAUAACGCUUCCAUCCUAAUGAAUCGCCUGUUCAGUUAA